CCCUGCUGGGGAUAAAUGCUUGCCUAUACAGACCCCUCUCGUCCAGUCUCAUCUCUCCCCAAGCUACCCAAAGCAGUGUUCUGGGGUCCGACUUUGAAGGUCAUUUACAGGGAGCCCGGUGCAUCAGGUCGCGCCCUUAAGAAGCGGAGUGGAAGAACAGUUUGGCUUCUCCGUGCCCACCUUUCUCUGAGCCAAAGACCGGCUUUGAAAGUGCUCAUGUUCCCUGAUGGAAUCCUCGCGGCUGCGCGCUCUCCGCCCGGCAGGUGGCGCUGUGGGCUGGCGUGCACCCGAGCUUCGGGUCCUAGAGGCCCGCGCCGCCGCCACCGCGGCCGCGGUUCCUGCUCGAGCCGCACGUGCAGCCGCUUUCCGGCCCCGGUGGCCGGGUCUCCAGAGCUCCCGGCUGAGCGUCCGCAUGGCGGCGGUUGCAGCGGAGGCGCGCGUGUUCCUGGAGGUGCGGAGACGGCUGCAGAGCGCGCUGCUGAUUCUGGGGGAUUCCAAGGAAGGAGGUCUGCCCAUGGCUGUUUCGGUAACGCCGUCCUCGCUCCGGAUGCAGAGCCCCGGCGGCUGCACGGAGCUCCGGCUGCCGGCAGGGGUCAGGCUCGCGCCGUCCACCUGCCGCGGGCUGCAGCACGUGCCCGGGGACGGGCUGCACCUGCGGCUACAUGCGCGGGCCGAGAGCCGCCCAGGACGCUCCUGAGAGUGCUCCCCCUGCCAGGCGAUAACUGGGGCGCUCUGGUUGACGAGUGGUGUUGUCAUCCUGACCCCUUUGCUAAUAAGCCACUUCAUCCACGAGAGAAUGACUGUUUCACCGGAGACUGUUUCUACCUGGUGAAUUUAAAGAAUGAUUUGUGGCAGCCAAGACCUGAAGGAGCCCCAGUGGAGACACACCAUCUUUCUUCUGAGAACCACCUAACAUCGAAACCAAAGGCAAAUACCAAAGUAAUUUGUAAGCGUUGCAAGGUAAUGUUGGGAGAGACUGUGUCAUCAGAAACCACUAAGUUUUAUAUGACGGAGAUAAUUAUUCUGCCAUCUGAAAGAAAUUUUCCCAUCAUACCAAGGUCUCAGUUUCUACAGAGCAUUAUCGCCCAGUGUAUGGUGGAACUCUCCUCUGCUAGAAGCACUUUUAGAUUCACUAUUCAAGGUCAUGAUGACAAAGUAUACAUUCUGCUAUGGCUUUUAAACUCAGACAGUUUGGUGAUUGAAUCUUUGGGACAGUCCACAAGUAUCCAAAAAUUCCCUGUGUUGGAAGAUGUAUUGAAGGCUGAUUCCAGUUCUGCCUGGAAUGCAGUCAAGGUCCUCUACCAGCCAUGCAUCAAAAGCCGGAACGCAGAGCUCUCCAGCUUGUGGGAAAAUGACAUCAGCGUACACUCCCUCACCCUGCCCUCUACAACCUGCCUGGAGCUGCUGUUGAUACUGUCGAAGAGUAAUGCCACACUGCCUCCAUCCCUCCGCUGUAUGAAUUCUUUCCAGAACUUGAUAGAGAAACUCAGCUGGAAGUUGAUACGGAAACGCAGCAGGGGCUUUUCUCACCAGCAUCGUAUGAAGAGUAACAUCUUUCUGAAUCACUUGACGAAAAGCAGAUGCCUUCUGCCCUUGCACAACUCUUUCCUUUUCCUUUCCCCUUAACAGGGCUCAUUAAAUACACGCCUCCUUCAACUGCGUUUGGGGACUUAAGUACCAGCUGUCCAAGAGUGGAAUAUUUUUGCUUCUGUUGCUCACUCUUUCCCCCCAAAAAAUGGCCCAGGAUAAACUUCCACAUCUUUAUCUCUGACUGCAUGCUGCUCUCUUCCAGAUGCUGACACUCUCCGCAACUUAUUAUCACCCCUGAACUAGAACUUUCAGAGCAUUUAUGGUUGACUUUAUUAUGUUUGUUUCGUAAUUAUCCAAAACUAUUGAGAAAUUUGAUGCAUUUGAUCUGGGCCUUAUUAAAUAGUCUGAAAUGAUUUUGUAUCUAUAUGAAUUAAAUUUUUUGAAACAACUAAAUUUUAAGAUAACUUGCGCUGACAAGCCCAUGUAUAUAGUCAAGUGUGGUUAAAAGCAUUGGCAUGACCGGAAGAGAGAUUAGUGUAAUUAACAAUCAUGACAAGAACCUGGAAUUGCCCAGGAGUCUUCAAGAUUUGGAACUCUGUUCACAGAAGAUCCAAAGCAGCUGUUUGAACCAAUGGGAAUGAGAACUGGAUUACUUCAUGGCAGUACAAUGUGGCCUUUUUGAAGAUGUAGCCAAGGGAGUCGACACAUUCCUCUCCUCAGCACGGGGUGCACCGGCAGCCAGCAGUCAGCCCAGUGGGCAGCAGUUAGAGACAAGAACCCGGCUACAGAAAGAGAACAGGGAAUUGCAGUUCUGAGUUUACUUGCUCGCAUCUGUUCUCUAAGAGAAGAGUUAACUUUAAAUCUCUGAAAGACCGAGGCUGUGAAGAAAGUCAUAGUAGCAGGUUGAAAGAUAAGUAUAGAAUUUUCAUCUCUGUUUCCCACCGAGAGGAACAUUCAGAUAUGUGCUGUGUCAGCUCCACCUGGAGAGAGAGAGCUGGCGGAGACCCAUCUGUCCUGUGUGGAGGCAGCGAGGGGCUUCACUGGUGGAAUUGAAUGUUAGCUGCUGUAGGACAUAAACUUGCAGAAAACUUCUCAGAUUUGUUUAAAAAAAUUUUUUUUAAGAAAAUAUGAAACUCUGUAUACCUUAUUCAGAGGGGAUGCUCAGUAAAUAAAUGUCUAUUGAAUGCCUGAUUGUCAAAUUAAAGGGUUUCCCAUUUAUGCAAAA